CGACAAGUACAUCGCGCAGGGCGUCAACGUAAGUGUUUUGGUGCGCGGCCACUAACUCCAGGUGAAUCAAUUGGACGAGUGGGACUACUCCCCGCUGAUCCUCGCCUCUAUCUGUGGCCACGAAAAAGUGGUAAGACUGCUGCUGGAAAAGGGCGCCAUUGUCAACAGAGACACGUUCGAGGGCUCGCGGGCCAUCUACGGCGCGCUCACAGACGCUAUCCGCAGCCUGCUGCUUUCGUAUGACAUCACCAAGGCCGUCGACGUGACACAGCCGUUUGCCUCCCACAUCUCUGCUCUGCUGCAAAGACCGCCCAUUGCCACCGCAGACGUGCGCAUUGGCGAGUUCCGACUGCACCGGUUCUUGCUUACGGUGAUGUCGAGGUACUUUUCGCAGCCAAACGUGGACUUUGGCGGCACCAGCGCCCAGGUUCUUCGGUUCCUGUUUGAGUACAUAUAUCUGGUGCCGUCGCUGGAUCUGAAGGGCGUCGAUGUGGACGAGCUGCGUCGCGUUGCGGACCAGACAGACCUCACAUACAUGCGGGUGGCUGUGGACAUGAUUCUGGCGCAGACAUCGGCCGCAGACAUCAACAAAACCAAAAACACAGUGCAGCACACCAUGUACGAGACGGCGCGGCAGAAGCUGAAAAUUCUGGUCGAGGGAAUCGUCUCCAACAAGAUUGUCAAGGACACAGAGCUCACGGCAGCCGAGAAACGUGCGCUGGUGGCCCCCUGGCACGCAGACCUUAUUUUCCGCGCGCAAGCCGGGUCCAGGACCCUACAUUAUGCCGUGCACAGAGCUAUUUUUUCCAGGGCAGAGUACUACCUCACGCUGUUUGCGUCUGGGUUCCACGAUACCGCUGUUUUUGGCGAGCUCGAGAAGGACGGCGUCGUCGACCUGGAGCGUCUGCAUGCCGAGGCAGACGCGAUCCCGGUGAUUUCGCUGCCGUCGUCGGACAUGAUGGAGAUCUCCGAAGAAACGGUGGAAAUUCUGCUGAAACAUUUAUAUUUUGACGAGGCGAACGUGCCUCCACAGUUUGCAAUGGAGACGCUCGUGAUUGCAGAUGCGCUGUUCAUCGACCGGCUCAAGACGAUUGCCGCAAUCAGUCUGUCGUCGAUCGAGGACUUCUCGACGGUGUCGUUCUCUGUCUACGACGUGCUGCGCGCGGCGUGGGAGUUCAAAGUGCACCGCCUGGAAGACCGCGUGGCCUACUUAAUAGCACAGGACCUGGAAGCUUUCUGUGCGGACCCGCAGUUCUGCGACAUCAUCCUGGAAUCGUCGCGACGGAUUAGCGAGCGGCAGGAGUUCGACACGAUCGAGCUGGUCGACGAUAUUCGGUUCUAUCUGGCGAAAAAACAUGCCAUCGACCAGGACGGCGGGACGCUGAACCCGACGAUGGCGCGCGUCGAGAGCGACGAGUACCUGGAGCGCGUACGGCAGUACGAGCAGGACAUUAGGGCGGUGGACAGCAUAUUAGAGGAGCUGGGGCUGAACGCAUAGUUACUAAAUACAUUUAUUAGUCUAGUUCUUUCUGGUGGUUCUGCGCUUGGUCUUGAGAUGGGUCUCUGGCAGCCACGACUCGUCGACCUUAGCAGGAGCCGUCUUGGACGGUUUGGUAGCAGGCAGUUUCUGUUUUCUGGCAUCCUUCUUGACCGUGCCAAAGUAGCGGGCGCCAAAGAGCGUGUACAGGAAGUACACAAUGCCUCCGACAGAGGCGGCCAGAAUGACCUCCAAAACUAGCAACUUGGGGUUGAAUAUGGAGAUAUUAGGGUCGUCGACCUGGAUGAGCUGAUUUCUCGAACCAAGCAUCAUGAUUUGCUCCUUGAACACAACAUAGAUAGACGGAACAACCAGGUACGAGUCUGGGUUUAGGUCAAUGCCGAUCUUCUGAGAGAACGACACAACCUCUUGGCUGCCCACCGACAGUGGCCCAAUGUUGGUUGCGGUGAUGUUGUACAGCGUGUCUCCGGUGACAGGCGAGAUCAACUUGCCCCCCACACCCAAAAUUGUGCAGUCGUCCUCCUCUCCAUUGUAGAACUGGUAGUCGAUCGUGAUGGUCUCUCCAUUUUCCACGCCGAUGAGCUCGGUAGGCGAGGUUUGCUUGUCCUUGAUAAGAUACUCAACUCUCAAAUCGAAGGGUUUUUCUUCGGUGGGCUUGAAGUCGCCCUUGGCAAUCUCCGGCUUUGCGGCAGGCUCUGCGGCGGCUCCUGAGACGGCAACGGCCAGGGACACGAGUAAUGACAGCAACUUCAUAAUUUGA